CGUCGAGAGAAGGAAAAAAAACUGGAAGUCGGAGUGUCAAAACAUGGCAGCGAGCAUCAGUUGUAUAAACCACGCAAAGUCGUGCGUUAAACCCUCGCUGUUCUUCACCGUCCAGCGGAAGACGUCUCCGGCCGGUGCAUGUGCUCGGCGGGCGGCCGAAAUUCGGAGUGUGAGAGCCGCUGCCAAUGCCGCUGCGGAUGUUCAGCACAACGAAAGGUUCUGUUUGGAGCUGGUCAGGUCCAGGGACUAUGAAGGUUUUGUGUGCUCCCUCCUGCUGCCGGAGGCGGCACGACGCUCUGCUCUGGCUUUGAGAGCCUUCAAUGUGGAGCUAGCACAGGUGAAGGACUCGGUCUCUCAGAAGUCCCUCGGUCUGAUGCGAAUGCAGUUCUGGAAGACGGCCGUAGAAGACAUCUACAGGGACAAACCACCCAACCAGCCAGUCAGCACUGAGCUGUGGAGGGCGGUGAAGAAGCAUAACCUGACCAAGAGAUGGCUGACCAGAAUCAUAGCAGAAAGAGAAAAGGAUCUGGAAGACAGAGGUUACCGGAAUCUCCAGGAGCUGGAGUCAUACGCCGAGAACACGCAGUCUCCGCUCUUGUACUUGCUCCUCGAGUCUUUAGGUGUGAAAGACGUCCAUGCCGAUCACGCGGCGAGUCAUGUCGGCAAGGCGCACGGCAUCGUGACCUGUCUGAGGGCGACCCCUCAUCACAGCCGCCGGCGCAGAGUCUACCUGCCCAUGGACAUCUGCAUGCUGGUUUGUUUGUGUGCUUGUAGCACGGGGCCUCACAGGAGGACUUCAUCAGGCGGAGCCAGGAGCAGAAUGUCCGGGACGUGGUGUACGACAUAGCCAGUCAGGCUCACGUUCAUCUUCAACACGGUCGCAGGGAGUGCCGGCGCCUAUCUCAGCUCUCAACGGGCAUGAGGCGGGGUACACCCUGAACUGGAUGCCAGCCAAUCGCAGGGGACAUCAAGACAAGCAGACGCACUCAGAAUCACACCUAGGGGCAAUUUAGAGUGUCCAAUUAAUGUUGCAUGUUUUUGCGAUGUGGGAGGAAACCGGAAUGCCCAUCCGGAGAAAACCCACGCAGGCAUAGGGAGAACAUGCAAACUCCACACAGGCUGGUCGGGGAUCGAACCUGGGACUUCAGAACUGUGAGGGCAAUGCUUUACCAGCUGCUCCACCAGGCCACCUACUCAAAUGACAUACUAGUGUUUUUUAGUUGUUUUUGACAUGCGUGUAUAUAAAUAGACAGUGAAGACUCGUGGCAAGUUCCGCAACCCAGGCUAAACAGACAAAGCUUGUAUGCAUGUUCCAGCAUCUGAAAAAGUGGCAUGUGAAUCGGUGAGCUUUUUCUAAAGUAUAGCUAAGGAUCAGUUCCGUAGGAAAAAAAACAUGUGAAGAGGUAAAUUUUGAGUAAUGGUCCUCAAAUUGCCCUGGGUUUCUCUAUGCGUAUAUUUUGUGAGUUAUUCCCUAAAGCAAGCUCGUUUGCGAUGUUCACAGCUCUCUUUAGAGGUGUGAGCAUUCUUUGCUAAUUAGCGGCAGAGCGUCACUGUGAAGGUUAUUCCAACGGCUGCGUACAGUUUUUGCUUCCGCAAGCACACACACACACAUAUAGUGAUAAAGUCAACACCAGCUUACAUUUAUUUUUGCUAUUGUCUCCUUUUAC